UUUUUCACCAGCUCAUUUGUUUCCACUCUCGCUCAUCGCCACUGCGUUCCUCUCAUCACCACCUGAUAAUAUUUUGCGUCAAGCAAGAUCCUGCAAUUUCUGCUGCGCAAUGCAAUAUUGUCGGUUAGAAUGGCAGAAGUUUUGUCAGAUGUUAAGACGAUGCAGGAACGCAUCCGAUCCAUUGGCAUGACUAUUGCAUGCAGGGAUGCUGAGAGCUCUGAUGUCGGGUCUGUGGACCAGGACCUGGAGGAACAAAUCGCGUCUCUUGGGCUUUUCCCGUACAAAGCUCAAGACUGGACCUUGCGGCAUUUCCCACCAGAGCUUCAUUCAGAAUGUGGCUACGGCCUGGGCAUGUGGCAGUACCCGAAUCAAAUACUGCCGCUUAUGAUUUUGCUCCACAAGUACCGUGUGCAGAGCUAUCUUGAAAUCGGUGUGGCUGCAGGUGGUACUUUUACCUUUCUGUGUGAGUUGCUGGCGCUCUGGAAUGCACCUGGGACUUUUCGCGCACUUGGCUGCGAUCCAGCGCCACCUGGGUGCGUCUCGUACUUGAUGGAGAAUCCUUACCAGAAGCGCUUCGUUCAGUGGCUCGCAGAGUCGCCAGGCGUCAGCUACAAAAAACAGUUUUCAGAAUUCUUGGAGCGGAGCUGGCAGCGGGAGAAUGUACCAUCACAAACGUUCGAUUGUGUAUUCGUGGAUGGCGACCACAGCUAUGAGGGCGCUUGGGCAGACGUGCAAAUGGCGUUACGUUUGCAGGCAGGGAUCAUCAUUCUGCAUGACGUUGUCAAUACUGAGUGCCCUGGUGUGUGCCAAGCUUGGGAGGAAGCUCAGCGCUCUCUCGAAGAAGACUUCGAUUUCUUUGAGUUCUCUGCCCAAUACGACAACGUCAAGCGCGAACCUGGCGAGAUGUUCUUGGGUAUUGGUGUGUGCGUGCGAAAAUCAAUGCCACUUCGUUGUGCUGAUGGGGACAGCGAGGCGGGAAGUUCGUAGAUCAUGCCAACCCUGCUUGGCAGGGGUGUCCACGAUUCGAUCGAUUCGAUUCCUCCAUGUUCGUUUCUUUCGUUCGGUCCGAGUCGAUCGAUUCUAUCGGCUCGAUUGCUUCGACGGGCUCUGCCGAUUUCGGCGUGAGCUGUCCGAUUCUGUUGGAUUUGAGUUUGCUUCCGGUACGAUUUGUUUUGAUUAUAACGUGAUCGUGGAGAUCCUCGCUGAGUGCGGCUGCUGUUGCAGGCCUGCAAUCCUGUCGGGUUCCAGGUGCGCUUUGUGGUUCCUGGUGGGAGUCUGCUUUGCCCACAGUUGGAAUUUUGCAGUAGUCUUGUCUGCCAGGCGGCUGGUCAGUACGGCGAUUUGAUCUGCCCGAGGAAA